AUGUUGUUUUAUUCCUAUAGAUUCUUAUCGCAUAUAAAAAGAGUAAAUUUUAAAUGUCGUUAUUUUAAUUAUCGCAACUUUAGUAAUAUCAGAAACGUCGCAGUUGUGGCACACGUUGACCAUGGUAAAACUACACUAAUAGACCAAUUUUUGAAGCAUACGGGCGGGAAAUUACUACAGACUCGGGUUAUGGACAGCCACGAGUUGGAGCGGGAGCGAGGAAUUACGAUACUCUCCAAGGUUACUCGAAUAAAUUACAACGACCAUGUGAUGAACAUAAUCGAUACACCGGGCCAUUCUGACUUUGGAGGCGAGGUUGAGCGUAUAUUAAACAUCGUGGACUGCGUGUGCCUGUUAGUUGACGUAGUGGAAGGGCCAAAGCCGCAAACGAAUUUUGUUUUAAGGAAAGCCCUGGAGAAUCCAUCGAUGAGAGCCCUGGUUGUUGUUAACAAGUGCGACAGGGAGUGUAACAAGUCCCAGAAAGACAUUGAAAAUGAACUGUUUGAUCUGUUUUUGGACGCCAAGGCGUCGGAUGAGCAGAUGGAGUUCCCAGUACUGUUCGCCUCUGCCAAAGAUUCCGUGGUAUCGAGUGUGUAUCCACUUGCGUCGUCACACAACAGAGAUAUUUCCCAGAUUUUAGGAUGUAUAUUGGAGUCGUCUCCAGAACCGAAAGUAUCAGAUCUGAGCGACUUUACAUUCCAAGUUAGCCUAAUUGACUUUGAGGAGGGCUCCUUUCUGAUCACGGGGAAGGUGUAUAGCGGCAGCGUCACAGCUGGGAGCACACUGCACGUGCGUGACCACCUGGGAAACAAGAAGGGCACAACAGUAGUGAAGGACAUAUAUGUCUCAGUAAAUGGGAAGAGGGUUAAAAUGAGUGAACGAGUGUCCUCAGGGGACAUCGUGACGAUACAGUGCCACAAGGGCGUCACACCUGAAGUGAACGAUACAAUCAGCACCAGUGCAGAAUUCGCGCCUCUGCCUCCAGUAAAGAUAUCAGAGCCUGUGAUCUCGGUAUUCAUUUCAGCGAAUUCAAGUCCGUUCUCAGGAAAGGACGGCAAGUACAUAACGACCAACGACAUAGGAAAGAGGCUGAAAAAGGAAGCUCUGACGAACCUGUCGCUGCAGAUACAAGAGAGCAAGGAUAAAAGCUCGUUCCUUUUGAAGGGGAGAGGUGAACUCCAGAUCGGCAUCCUCCUGGAGAACAUGAGGAGGGAAGGCUACGAGAUGACAGUGUCGCCGCCCACAGCAAUCAGGUUCGAGCACGAGGGAAGCACAGUGGAGGCACUGCAGAACAUGAUAGCCUACGUUCCGUCGGAAUUCUCGUCCAAAGUAGUGGACGCCGUGAACUCCAGGGCCAUGGAAAUAACAAAGUACACAGAGGUGGAAGGAGGGUCUGAAAAAUACACAAAGCUGGAAUUUGAAGGAAGCACUACGCAGAUGAUGGGUCUUAUGCCCGUGCUGAGAGACAUGACGAGGGGAAGGGGCGAGUUCAACGUGACGGUGGUCGGAUACGCCAAGGCGGAAAACAAGGCCUACAAUAGCAGGAACAGCGGAGUGCUGAUAUCUAGUAACACGGGAACCACAACUGCAUUCGCACUGGAGCCAGUAAUGUCCAAGGGAACGCUGUUCGUUUCAGAGGGAGACCCUGUGUACGAGGGUAUGGUAAUAGGAGAGUCGAAUACGAACAAGGAUUUCACACUUAACGUUACGAGGGUAAAACCGGUGACAGGAAUGAGAAAUAAAUCGCACGAACAUACGGUGAAAAUAACUAGUAGGUCGCUGAACGUGGAGCAGGCGCUUGCAUUCAUCAACGCAAAUGAGCAACUUGAACUCACACCUAAAAGGAUAUCAAUACGAAAGAAAGCUUAA